AUGUCGGACACUAGCGCUGUCGCCGAAAAGGGUCAUGAUGAUUCCUCGAAAGUCAAGACGUUCCUUUCUAUUCUUCGCAAAUUCGUUGGAGUUGCAGACAUAGCGUCUGUACGAUUCUCGCUCCCCGCACAGCUCUUAGAGCCUACCCCGAAUUUAGAGUACUGGAAUUACCUGGAUCGGCCGGAGACGUUUGCAAGUAUUGGUACAUCCGAUGACGAGCUUGGCCGUAUGCUAGAGGUGUUGAGAUUUUGGUUCACAAAGGAUCUGAAAUAUAUCAAGGGCAAGCCGUGCAAACCAUACAACUCAACACUGGGAGAGUUCUUUAGGGCUUAUUGGGAAGUCGAUAAUGCAACAGCUCCAGUUCUACCUACAUCUAAUCCCACAAAUGGCGCCGCUGGUUCGACGAAUUCUGGAUCUGCCAAAGUCUGCUUCCUCACCGAACAAACAUCCCAUCAUCCUCCAGUUUCAGCGUUUUACAUUGACUGCCCCGAGCGUGGAGUCUCAGCUCGUGGCUUCGACCAGAUCAGCGCCAAGUUUACAGGGACCAGUAUUCGCGUUGGUCCUGGUCAGCACAAUCUCGGUAUAUUUGUGACAUUGGCAAACCGUGACAAUGAAGAGUACCAACUCACACAUCCAGCCGCUCAUCUCAGCGGUCUUCUGCGCGGAUCUCUCUACAUCUCUGUGGCAGAUAGCUGCUACAUCACAUGUCCCAAGACUCGAAUCAAGGUUAUCCUACAAUAUCUAGAAGACGGCUGGGUAUCAAAGGCGCACAGCCGCGUCGAAGGAGUUAUAUUUCGCUACGACCCAGACAACGAUACCAAAACGAAAAUGAAAGACGUCCCAUCCAACGAUGUGCUGGCUCGUAUCAAUGGCUGUUGGCGUGAACAAGUCUAUUAUACCCUCACUGCCGCCGCCGCAAGCGGCUCUUCAUCCAUCUCCUCUCGCUCUUCCUCCUCAACCUCCGAAACCAAUAAACCCCAACUCCUAAUCGAUCUCGUCCCAUUAUCUAUCGUCUCGAAAUCCGUACCCCCCGAAGAAAAACAAUUAUCUAACGAAUCCCGCAAAUUCUGGUCCGGCGUCACAUCAUCGAUAUUAUCCAAACAAUUCAGCCAAGCCACCAAACUGAAACAAGAGAUUGAAGAGCGUCAAAGAUCCAAAGCAGCGGAACGAGAAGCUACGGCUCAGAAAUGGAAACCUAGAUUCUUCACAGAUGCGGUUACGCCGUUGGGUAGACCGGAUUUGACGGAUGAAGGGAGACGGGCGUUGGAGAAGAUGUUUAAGGGGGAUUUUGAGUUGGAGGAGAGUGAAGUUCAGGGUGCUUAG